UGAUCUAGCCGCCCCGGCGGCAAGUCUUGCGGAUGGACACCACGACGACGCCCGACGCCCUCAAGCUGUUCUUCAUUCUGGCAGAUAGCCCGCUCUACUUCUCCUAUAUCACCGCUUUCUUGAACCAGAGGAGAGUGGGGAACGGCCGUGUAUCGCGAUAUGGGUUCCUCGUCAGUUGAAGAAUCGAAGGCGCACAAUCUGACGGUCCCUGUCCACCGACUUCCGCACGAGCUGCUCUCCAGGAUAUUCCAACGCACCCUUCAACGGAACGGCGACCGUGAUGUGAAAGGCUCAUUCCGGCUCACGGCUGUGUGCAGCCACUGGCGCGACGUCGCGCAGACCUCGCCUGCAUUCUGGACGACAAUCCGCCUCGACGACGACGUGCGGAUGCUCGAGCACUUCCUGCGCUGCUCCCGCAACGCACCGAUAAGCGUGUAUGCGAACGGGUCGCGCGACGCCAGCUGGGCACCGAAGGCGCGGCUGCUCCUGCCCCACACCGGGCGCAUCGCCGUACUCGACCUCCGUCUAUGGCCCGCCGUGCGCACCGAGGCGGCCUGGUACCACGUAUCCACCCUUCUCAGCCUCUCCAUGCCGGCACUCAGGUCAUUGCGCGUCGACGCGAACGACGUCGGGGUCUUCGCGCUGCCCCCGAUCGACCUCGGUCUCUUCCCGCAGCUGCAGUCGCUGACGCUGCACGAGACGGAGCCCGCGUGGGACCCCCCGGUGCUGCCGCAUCUGACGUUCGUCCAGAUGUACGGCCUCCUGUGGCAGCAGCAGCCGAAGCUCGACGACCUCCUUCGACUGCUGUCCUCGAUCCCCCACCUGCAGACCCUCUUCUUCGUCAAUUGCGGGAUGAAGAUCGCGCGCAAUCACGGCGGGAACGCCUCCGACGAGCUCAUGCGCACCGUGGUGCCCCUCCGCGACAUGCGUUCUCUCAAACUCAAAGAGGACUCUCGCCGCCCGCUCGUGGUCAUCCGCAAGUACAUCUCGAUCCCGACCACGGCCACAGUGGACGUCGACGCGGACCAUGCCUUCAUGCCCUACCCUCUCACUUGGAGCAGAGACGUUCGCGACCCCGGAGCGAUCAUGGUGAUGGGCUGGAUGCGGCGGUUGCAGCUCGCAUUUCUGGAGAGAGGUCUCACAGACGAGGAUGUGCUCGGAGCCGAUAAGCUUCUGACUAUCGUCGAGGACUACAAGGACAUGACCGCCGAACGUCUCGCUUUCUCGAAUAUUAUGAUGGUCGUCCGUCGCAUAUUUUCGUUGCCCGCGCACAAAGUGCACCGCAGUGGCGAGUUCAAGUUCAGGAAACGCGCCUAUGUUCUCUACCUGAAAUGGCAGGCAAUAGCAGGCUCAGGUCGAUGAAUGCUCUAAGCUCACCGGAUGGUUGUGUACGCACAUAUCACGACACUCGGUAGGAUGAUACCAUUAUAUCCCAUCUCGGCGGAAUUUCGAUCUAUAUCAUAGUAGUUCUCGACAUCGCAGUCAUACCUCAGCUACGGGCAAGACAGGUCGUCGAAUGCCCAUCUGACGUGUGAUAUGUGUAUGUGCGUACAGUUAAGAGGAGUGUAUGUUGUUCAUUAUUGUAGUAUGUGCACUGCUUCAAGUCUGUUUGCUCUGGCGUCCAU